AUGUUCGAGGUGGCUGGCCGAACGCCAGAUGAGGUUAGGAAGUUGUCGGCUUCUCGCUGGACGAAGGACCAACUCAAGGGAGCUUAUAGACGGUUGCAAGAGAACCCGAUAAAUUAUGCUAACAAACUUCCGCCUAAAUUAGAGCGUCGCUACGUUGUGACGGGAGGCUCAGGGCUUGUGGGUGGCUUUAUCGUGCUCCAACUUCUAGCUCGCGGCAACUCCCCAGAGGCUAUUCGAAUCAUUGACAUUCGGAAGACCGAGCGCAAUGAUAUGUGCUCUGGACCGGCUACGGAGGUCGAAUUCGUACAAGCUGAUAUCACAUCAUCUAAUUCUGUCGAUGCCGCUUUUGCGCGUCCCUGGAAUCCAAGAGUGUCGCAUUUACCGCUGACGGUUUUCCAUACCGCGGCUGUCAUUCUAGCUUCCGAGAGGUCCGGAUUCCAGUACGCAUUCCCGGAAGCCGUCAACGUGACGGGGACAAAGAAUGUGUUAGCGGCCGCCCGCAAAGCCGGUGCCGAUAUUUUUAGCUCCACAUCGUCCGGAUCCAUAUCAAUCCGGCCGGUCGAACCGUUUGUACCUCCUUGGGCAAGCUCGCCCCGGAACUUUUGGCAGAUCCUGGAUGUGCAAGAUUUUGAUGCUCCUUUGAGAGAACGCAAGGGAUACUAUGCCAAUUACCCUGCUUCGAAAGCUGUUGCGGAGAGAUUCGUUUGCGGUUCAAGUAGCGAGAAAUUUCGUACGGGUUGCAUCCGUCCUGCGAAUGGCGUCUACGGAAAUCCGACAGAUAAUACCGUUGGUGACCCUCUCGGCAGAACAGUCAUACCUAGCUGGGUAUCACAUAUCGUACAGAGCUUCGUGCACGGGGCAAACGUAGCUAUCGCACACCUACAACAUGAGGCCGCUCUUAUUCAACCUUGGACAGAGAGCGCGAAACAGGCUGGUCGACCGUUCGUGGUUACGGAUCCGAACCCACCGAUCACGUAUAGUGAUCUGUAUAACGCGAUCGAAACCCUCUCAGUGCACCCGCCUCGCAUUAUCAAAGUGCCACCCGUUAUCAUGCUUCUGCUCUCGCAUGCGGUGGAGAUCUACACCGAAUUGCUAUAUAAGUAUCCGAUUUUACGCAGAGUAUUCCCCGGGCUUAAAGGGGAUAUAAAACACCUCAAGCCAGGAAUUUUCUCGAUUUGUACCCAUCUAGUCGCGUCUGAUGACGAGAUUAGGAAGCCGACUUCUCAAGGCGGUUUAGGAUACACGGGCGUGCUCACCACAAUGGAAGGGAUGGCGCUAGAGAUCCUAGAGUGGAAUGGAGAGCAUGUAGCUUUCAAUUUUGGGGUGGAUAGAGACAGAGGAUCUUCCGAUUAA